AAUACCAAGGAACGCAACGCCUCUUCACGUUCUCACAAACCCAUUCUCACAAGUCAAACCAUAACAACAACAACAACGUCAUUCUCGAAGCUCCAACCUCAACCAUGUCGAAAGGAGGAAAACUAACGAAGCUGAAGUCAGUGCUCAAGAAAUGGAACUCCUUCAGCAGCAAACAGAGCCAAGCCACCAUCACUUCCGUAGCCAGCGACGGUGACUCCUCGUCGCUCCGCCCCGUAUACGUCGGGAAGACACGGCGGCAGUACCUGGUGAGCGCGGAGGUUAUCGGACACCCGCUGUUCCGGGAGCUGGUGGACAGGUCCCGCGACAGCAGCUCGGAGGAGGAGGAAGACAGCAUCAACGUGGCGUGCGAGGUUGUUCUGUUUGAACACUUGCUCUGGAUGCUCCACAACGCCGAUCCUCAACCUGAGUCGCUGGAUGAACUCGCCGAUUUUUACGCCUGCUGAGUGAAAGAGUUUUUCAAUUUGCCAUUGUAAUUGUGAAUUUGUGCUCGUGUAUGCUGUUCAUCUUCAUCAACCACAACAAAAUAUUUUAAUUUUAACCAUCACAGAUAUGAGAGAUUAUCACCGAAUAGAAGAAUGUCACUGAUAAGAAGCACCACAAAAAUUUGAAGAACAAUAAUAAAAAAAACUAAGAAGUUUUAUUUUACCAUAUUUAGUAUUUGAUAGCAUAGCAUGUUUGUGUAUGUGUUGUUUAGGAGUUAGCUAAUGUUUGGUGGCACCGUUGUCUAGCGGAGAAUGAGAGCGGUUACAGCAACCGUGACUAUGAGAUCACUUUUUCUAUACCCU